CCGCUCGAACGUACUCGCGGGCUCUCUCUUGUCCUCCGCUCGAUCGCCGUCCGCCGUCGCCGCCGGCCGCCUGUGAGAUAGUGCGCUGUUGUGUUAUGUGGUGGUCCGCAUGAGGAUCCUGCUGAGUGAGCUGGGACUAUCUGGCGCGUGCUUCUCCCUGACCCUGGAGCCACGCGCCGCCUCUUUGGACUCUGCCAAGCCGGCGCCAGGUCAGCGCUCGCUCGCCUCGUCUGCCCCUACCUGUGUUUAUUUUCGCUUUCAUUGUGUAGAACCUUAGACUCUGUGUGGAACUGUCCUGACGAUGGCCCUCGGGUAGAAUGCGAGGUGCGUUACUGACGCCCUCCACCCAACAUUGCGGCCUUAGACAAUUCCUUAACACACGGCCGAGCGCCGUAGAGUCGCGCUCGCCAAGCGCUUUUUCUCCGAACUCAUCCAGCAUGCUACUGCUGCAGACACAAAGCAACUACAGUUCGUCCUUCACUGAUCUUCUGUCAUCACAAUACCAAGAGGACUCCUCUGAAAUAUUAGAAGAGAACUUAGAUCCUUUUCCUGACGUAGAAUUUCAUGCACCGAUCCUACAAGAAAUCAAAUCGCACCGGACAACGCCAUUGAGCGAAACUCCUUCGCCGACGCCGGGACCCUCUCUACCUAGCUUUGAAGAAACGUAUUCAGUUCGGUAUUCCAAGCAAGAAAUGGCAGAAUUCGGAAUAAAAAUGGAUGAGGAUUGUUACAACGUCAGUGCGUAUUCACAUCAAGGACAUGCACCUACGCAAUUAUUAUACCAAUAUCAUCAACCUUCGUUACCAUAUGUUCCAUCACCUUAUUAUGCGCAAGCACAGCCAUGUAGUCCAUCAUAUGACACUGGAAGCGUUACGCCCAACCAAGAUUCAUAUUCAUUGCCUCCUUUCCCAAACUCAGUAGAUCUGCAUGUCAAUACGGACCAAAGUGCCAGACAAAGGAGAGCUUCGCUACCACUGCAAAGAUCAGAAUCUACAAGUUCUAGUGAAAGUCCGAAGCUCCACGGUGGCAGAGUACACUGCAUGCAAGCCUCCACACCUAAUUCUGCAGCUAGUUCACCAGGAGGCCCAACAGAUUCCAUUCAAUCAAGGGCCGCUCCUCAGUCUCCAAGUCAACUAUGUGCUGUUUGUGGUGAUACUGCGGCGUGUCAGCACUACGGAGUCAGAACAUGUGAGGGCUGUAAAGGAUUCUUCAAAAGAACAGUGCAAAAGGGAUCUAAAUAUGUAUGUCUAGCUGAGAAAUCAUGUCCUGUGGAUAAAAGAAGACGUAACCGAUGUCAAUUCUGCCGUUUUCAAAAAUGCCUUGCAGUCGGCAUGGUAAAAGAAGUUGUCCGAACUGAUUCAUUGAAGGGAAGACGGGGUAGAUUACCAUCGAAACCGAAAUGCCCCCAGGAAUCGCCUCCAAGUCCGCCAAUAUCCCUAAUCACAGCACUUGUACGAGCCCACGUAGACACCUCACCAGAUUUUGCAAACCUAGACUUUUCGCAAUACAGAGAGCCAAAUCCUUUGGAGCAUCCUAUGUCGGAUCUAGAAGUAAUCCAACAAUUUUAUUCGCUAUUAACCACUUCUAUUGAUAUGAUAAAAGUAUUCGCAGAAAAAGUCCCUGGAUAUGGCGAACUUUGUCCAGAAGACAGAGAACAAUUAUUUGCGUCUGCGAGGCUUGAAUUAUUUGUUUUGCGGCUUGCUUACCGCACCCGACCUGAAGAUACCAAGCUUACAUUCUGUAAUGGACUGGUCCUCGACAAAAGACAAUGUCAGCGGUCCUUUGGAGAUUGGCUACAUGCUGUUCUCGAUUUUAGCAAUACUCUGCAUUCAAUGGAAAUUGACAUAUCAACGUUUGCCUGUCUCUGUGCUCUCACACUAAUUACAGAGCGGCAUGGCUUGAAAGAGCCCCAUCGUGUGGAACAAUUACAAAUGAAGAUCAUUGGUUGUCUUCGAGCCCACAUGCCAGGUGGACCCGGGGCCAUUGCAGGUGCUCCCCAUUUCAGCCGAGUCCUUGGUGCCUUGCCCGAGCUGCGCUCCUUAUCUGUACAAGGACUUCAGCGAAUUUUUUACUUAAAACUAGAAGAUUUAGUUCCGGCACCACCCCUCAUUGAGAACAUGUUCCGUGCAAGCUUACCGUUCUAGAAAAAUCCAAGAUCUAAUCUAUAUCAUCUCCCAACUCUUCAUCAACUUGAAAGCGUCCUUAUUUAAAGCCAGCUCCAUUAUUUUAUAAUUAUUUACUUAAGCAUAUUUUUCUAUAAGAUACUUAUAAUUAAUUAAUUUGUAAGCUCGAUCUCUAAGGAAUCAGUUCGUGCUAAUAAUGUGUGAGCUAUUAAAUAUUAAUUGUCAAUUUAUGAAAUAAGUUGUAAUAUUAGCUCUUUAUAACACUUAAGGUUAAUUUAUUGUUAUUGUAUAUUUGUGUGUGAUUCAUUUAAAUCUUCGGAGAUAUAAUUAUUAGCAUAAGUGUAAUUAGUCUGCAUUUGAGUUACCGCUCGUAAUCUAUGGCAUCUCGUCGUACAAAUAUUCCUAUGUUAUUUACUUGUGUAUUAUUUAAAUAAGAAAAAAAUCUAGUCACAAGACUUAUAAAUGUAAAAAUUGGCUUUAUGUCACCGGUUUUGUAGUAUUUUACAAAUAAUUAAAGCAUUUUUUUGAUAUCAAGAAGUAUGUGAUACUUAGAUAAAAUUUCGGCUCUUGCACACCUCAGGCUUGAUUUGAAUUAAUAACAAUUUGAUCGAAAGACUAUCAUUGUUACAUGUUACCUUUUAGAUUUAAUUUAUAAUGCUACGUUUGUUAGGUUAAUUGAGUCAGAGAAAAGGUUCAGCAUAAAGUAUACUAUUGUAGUACCUAAUUAAUACCUAAACUCCUACGUGUCUUAAAAGUACCUUCUUAGAUGUAUAGAGUAUUGUAACGUCCUUAUAAAUAUAUUUUUCUAAAUUUUGUAGAAUGUAUUGGCAACAUAUCAACGUGGUUUUAAUAAUAACGAAUAAUAAAUUUACCUAUAAUAAGCAUUCUAGCUAACAAAAUAAUUAUUAAUAAAUGAUUAACGAUAAAUAUUAAUAAAAAAAAUGCCGUGCAUAGGCAUAAAAUAAAACCUAUGUAAUUAGUCCUUUCAAAUUAUACAAUUAAGGGAAUAUAAUUUUUGUAAUAAUUCACGACCAAAUAGCGAUAGAAUUGUAACAAUUGUACCUGCGUCUCCUGAUAAAUUAAAAAAAAAUGCUUUUAAUGUCAAUCCAAACGUAGACUGAAAAAUAUGUAUAUAUAUUAAGAUGGUUUUGUUAGUUACAAUAUACUAUAUUAACAGGAAGAAAACCUAUUAAAAUAUAAGAUAAAGAAAUAUGAAACAAUUUUUAUGGGAACCAAACGAUUAAAGUAUUAAAAUUUUAUAACCUAGUUGGACCUGUGCCGAAGUGUGGUGUGAUUUUUGUCAACCAUUCAAAAAGGUGGUUGGCAAAUAGGAUGAAAUAUUCAUAUGUCUUUAAUAAUAAUUAUCAUGUUACUUUUAUAGUUAAGGUAAAUUCUAAGUGCUGAACUUUUUACUCGAUUUUAGAGCCUUUCUAAAUAUAGAAUAAUAAUAUUAUGUAUGCUUAUUAGUUUUAUUUUAAGUUUGCAUCUACAUGGUAACAGUACCUUAAUAUUUUUGUUUUUAUUUACUCGCGUCCUGUUCGUUGUUUUUAUUUAAUUUAGCUAUUCUCGACUCAUCACAAAAUAGUCUUACAAAUAAAUAUCAAUUUUCGAAAAUUUACAAUAAAACUGUAUGAAUUUACAACAUGAAAAAUACGAAAUAUAAUAAUUAAAAUUAUAACCCGAAAGAUUAUUGAUUUCAAAAUAUUAGGCUUUGAUUAGUACCAUUAAUAAAACAGUUAUAUUAAAAGUUAUCUUUGUUCUCACAUUAAAAGAAUAUAAUAUGAAUUUUACUUCCUCUUAAUAUUGUCUGCCGAAGAAAUAAAUGGAUGAAAUAUUUAUUAUAUAUUGAUUAUAAUAUACGCUUAGCACAACAUUACAUUACCAUGACACUAAAUAGAAUAUUACAAAGAAUUUCAACUGUUUAAACAAUAUUUACGUAAAGAUUAUUUAAAUCAGUUUAUCUUGUCUGCAUUUCUUUUUGUAAAACUUUUUUGAUAUGCUUUUGUUACUUAGAUAGUUAUGACUCUUUACUUUGUAAAUAAUAAUUUGAAAUUAAAUAUAAUAACGCAAGUGCGUUCAUUGAA